GCCGUUGACAACACUGGGCUGCCUGCGGCGCGGGGCCCGGGCGGUUGCCUUGGCGACGGAGGAAGCGUUAGGGCGCAGCUGCGGCGGAGCCACAGCUCUGGGAAGAGAAGUGGACGGUUUGACAAGAACUAAAAAUGCAUCCAGAAUCCGGAGCACCUGAGCAGGAAGAUGGAACUGAACACGGGGGUGUGCCAGAGGAAUCGGAAGAGUCUUCACGGGACCGUAGGAAUGGAGAGGGGGUGCUCAUAAGCAAUGCAGGUUUUGAUUGCAUUGAGAACCUGGAAGAGUACACAGGAUUACGAUGUCUUUGGCUAGAAUGUAAUGGGAUACAGAAAAUUGAGAACCUGCAUGCUCAAACAGAAUUGCGUUGCCUCUACUUGCAAUUAAAUCUAAUUCAUAAAAUUGAGAACCUCGAACCCUUGAAAAAACUGGAUUCCCUCAACCUCAGCAAUAACUACAUCAAGACCAUUGAGAACCUGUCUUGUCUUCCAGUUCUGAAUACCCUGCAGAUUGCUAACAAUCACCUAGAGACUGUGGAAGACAUUCAGCACCUAAAGGACUGUCUAAGUAUUUGUGUCCUUGACCUUUCCAACAACAAGCUGAGUGAUCCCGAUAUCCUCUGUGUCCUGGAAGCCAUGCCCGAUUUGCGUGUACUGAAUUUGAUGGGAAACACAGUGAUUAAGAAAAUUCUGCACUACAGAAGAACUGUUACCAUUCGACUGAAAGUCUUGACCUAUCUGGAUGAUAGGCCAGUUUUUCCAAAGGACAGAGCAUGUGCAGAAGCCUGGGCUAAGGGAGGGAGUGAAGCUGAGAAAGAAGAAAGGGGGAAAUGGGAAACCAGAGAAAGGAAGAAGAUUGAAGAGAGCUUUGAGGCAUUGGCCACCAUUAGGCAGAGGGCGAUGGAGAAAAAGAAACAGAAAGAAAUGGAGGAAAAAGGAGAGAUUCCACUGCCAAACAGCAGCAUCGGCCCAGAUCCGGACACAGAGGGAGGUCUGCAGCCCUCUGCUGAGGAGGGUUCGAAGCAGAAGAUAGAGAAGUUUGUCAAAGACAGUUUUGAGGCCCGGGAUGAGGCCUUUCCUGAAGAGUCAAAGGUGAAAGGAAAGGCCCCUCCUGAAGCUGAAGGAGAAAACCAGGAGGAGGAGGCAGAGCCAGAGUGUCCAGCAGAAGACACACAGCCCCCAGCCCUCAGAGCUGCACUGGAAGAAUCAACACUAAAAGCUCUGACUACAAAGAAGGCAGAACCAGAUGGAGCUGAGGAAUUAGAAACCAUUGAAUUGGAGGCAAAGAACAAGCUCUUCAUUGAUGAUCUGCCUGAUUUAGAAGAUAUAGAAUUUAGUGAGACCUUGCCUGGAAAUUCAGAUGAAAAUAAAGUCUCUUUUCCGAAAAUUGAAAUAAUUUCUGGAGCAAGUGAUGACAGUGAUCCCGAACUGGAGCAAGGCUGCACGACGCAGGACAGAACGUCUGCAGAUGCACUUUCUAAUAUUUUUAAAGUUUCUAAAGAUGCCUCAGAAAAGACCAUCACACCCCUUACAGAAAUAUUGGAAACGGAAUCAAAGAGGGACCUGAAAACCAAACAUGACCACACAGAGCCAUCAGAACCAUUGAUUCAAGAGAUCAGUAAAAAUCCAUUAGAGGAGGAGUCACUGAUAUCCCCGACCUGCAAUGAAGAAAAUCAACAAACUCUUUCCAGUGUAGAUAAGGAUCAUCCUCCGGCUUCCUCCUCUUUGUCAGGUAACCUUCACAGGUACUUGAGAGGGUUAUCUCUUCACUGGAAACAUGCUGGUAUAACCUUGAAAACAGCUUCUGAGGGAAGAAUCUGGCCAUGCUUAGAGGAUUCAAAGCUAGAAGAGGAAGGAUCUUAGAGGUCAUUUGGUCAAAUGCCUUCACUUUAUAAAAUGAGGGAAGUUAGGCCCAAAGAUCCUCAUUGGCCCAUAGGUUGUAAGGAACAGAGCUGGACCCGGGCUGCCUCUUACUUAUCCCAAGGGGCUGUCAUGCUGUCAUCUCUAAUAUCCAGUGAUCAUUUAAAGCAGCAGAUUCCCAGCUGUAAGGUGUAAACUGAUGGUCUCACGUAAUCUGGAGUUUGUUUCAUGAUGGAAUCAUAUGCUUCAGGGCUAAAAGAUGACUCUUAGUUGGCCGUGUUUAACAUCUCUAUUGGCAGUGUUUCUGUAUGAAACCCAGUUUAACUAAGUGAGAUAAACAUUACGGUCUCUAUUUUAGGAUUGGAAAUAUAAAGCUCAUCCUGUGGAGACCAAUAUCCUUGGGUAGCACUUUUGAUAUCUAGCAGUAAUACUGGGUCACUUAAGAUUUAUACGGUGAUGCUUUAAGGAUUCCCUCAUGCUUUCUUCACAAAAACUCCUAGUUGUAUAGGGAGUAUGUUCUUUCUCCCAUUUUACAAAUGAAGUAACUGGGACUCAAAUGGAAUAACUUUCCCAGGAUCACACAGUUAACAAGUGCCAGCACCAGGCCUCAAACCUAGGUCUUCCCAUGCCAAGUGCCAUAGUCUUACCUCUGACUAAGAGAAAUCACAUCUCCCAGUUGAAUGAUGUUACUCAAAUGCUGGUUUUCCUCUUUGCUGUCCCAUUCUGUUGUGACACCCCCUUACUCUGGACUGUACGAUAACUCCAAUUAGAAUAGCCAUAGCCACUCAUCCAGGAGCCAGAAUAGCUUCCUUUCCUUGGGAAGCAAAAAUCUAUGUAUUUCAGAGGUCCAGUCACAGAGAAGAUGUUACUCCUUGAGGAGUUGGUGCCCUGGAUAUAAUAAAACAAAAUUCUACUGAAGAAUGAAACAAACCCUUUUAAAAUCACAUAAGAAAAUAACAUACGAAGUGUUAGCAAUAAAAUUCAACUUUCUAAUGCUCGUUUACAACAAAUGAAAACAUUGAAGAUGAAAAUAUAAUAUAUUCCAAUGGCAGAAAUUCUGGUAGUGGUGUCAUCUGCCCCACAUAUUGGUCACAUAAUAGGAAGGAAAAAUUGCCCUAAUAACUUCACUGAGUUCUUCACUAACUUCAAAUAGCUUGAACUCUUUCCACCAUCCAACCCACGGACUGUCUGUCAUUCUUACACUUGGACUUAGUGAAGAUCCUCUUGUUGAUGACAAACAGAUGGAGCUUCUAUUAAAGUUUUCUUGAAUUGGGAAGGACAACAACAGAUAAAGCUAAGAACCAAAAAUUCAUUCACUCCUUGCUGAGUGAUAAAGGCUGAUAACUAAAUAAAUGAUUCCUGUUUGACUUCCACACUAUUUUUGAAAUUGGCAUGCUCAUUAGAGACUGUUAGCACAUCAAUAUGGCAUCUGUUAAACGUGACAAAAGUGUUGAAUAUUACUGGACCCUGUGGAUAAGAUGUAGCCUUAGCAUAUUAAAGUAUAGAAGCUGAUGAUGGCAGCUAAUUGUGGUUAGAGGGAGUAAGUAGCCAGCAUGGGAUUUUCCAAAGAAUACAUUUGUGAUCAUUCAUAAAUUAUUCAAUUCCAGAAUUAUAUUAAAUAAUUUUCUGCUAAACGGCGAAUACAUCUGUAAUGAUGCCAUGAAUAUUAUCGAAUUAUGGAAAGUACCUAUAUUAACUUGUCUUUUAACAGGACACACAGAUUUCAGUAACUACAUUGUACCAUAUUUUUCAGGAAUAAGGCUAAUAUUUUGUGUUGUGUUCCAACAGGAAGUGAUACUUCAAAAAUUAAGGUGCAGUUUUUGACCGAGACUGAAGAUUUCACUGUGCGUGGAAUCAAGGAAGGCAAUGAAGACAUUGAAUUCGGGCUAGAUUAAAUAUCAAAGAUGGACAGUG